AUGAAUGUUGAAGAUAAAAAACAAGAAAGAAGCAAGGCUAAAAUGGCGGUCGCUGUCGCUGCGAGGCGUCUGAUUGGAGCCUACAACAGAGAUUGUGAAUAUGAUAUUUUAAAGGAUUCAAUGUUCGAACUUGAAAAGGUAUUUGAUGAUUUUUGCGUUAUAAAUGAGGAAUACGAACUCAUUGUAUCUGACGAAAAAUACGCAAUGUAAAAAGGUGCUAUGAAGAAGCUAGGAGUGUAUUUGUUAGUGUAAAGACAACAAUCGAACAAAAAGCUAGACAACAAAGUGCUGGGCCUGUCAAAGUUGCCCUAAAGAAUGACAUUUGUAGAAUUCAUGAACUAAUCACUGUCGUUGAUGAGAGUUUUAAACUGGAAAAUGUGAAUAUGGCAGCUUUACAACUAGAUAAGAAUGAUCUACAGUCAAUUUUGAACAUAAUAUGUGAUAACAUGGCAAAACUUGGCUCGAUUGAAACACAAGAGCAAGUUAACCUAAUCCAAGAAGAAGUCGAUGCUAUUAUCAGAGCAGUUUACAAUUGCAUCAGAAAGAUAAACUUGUUUUUGCAUGAGCAACAAGCAUUUGUUAAAUCAUUACACAUUGAAACUGCCACUCUCCCCUCUGAAACCAACACCCCCCCUGAGAACAUCAACACCGUAUUCCCCCCGGAGAUCAACACCAACAUCCCCCCUGAGGACACUGAGACCAUCAACACCAUGUCUCCCCCCGGAAAUCAACACCAACACCCCCCUGAGAACACUGAGACCAUCAACACCAUGUCUCCCCCAGGAAAUCAACACCAACACCCCCCUGAGAACACUGAGACCAUCAACACCAUGUCUCCCCCCGGAAAUCAACACCAACACACCCCUGAGAACACUGAGACCAUCAACACCAUGUCUCCCCCCGGAAAUCAACACCAACACCCCCCUGAGACCAUCAACACCAACACCCCCCCGGAUAUCAACACCAACACCCCCCCUGAGGACACGGAUACCAUUAACACCAUGUCCCCCCCAGAAACCAACACCCCCCCUGAGACCAUCAGCACCACUUCCCCCUCGGUAAUCAACACCAAUAUCCCCCUGAGCCCAUUUACACUGCAACCCACCCUGAAAUUAUUGACACCCCUGCUAUCGAGACCAACACAAUUCCACCUAUGUUGCCAAUUAACGCUCCCCCCAUUAAUUACUCCAGUCCCUUUGGCACCCAAGUUACCACCAACAUUACAAAGGCCAACACCCCCCUACCAACCUUACCUGGGACCAGUACGGGUUUUUGCUUGAAUACAUCAGCUCAAACCUUCAUUCCCUCUACCACCUUUCAUUCGGAUGAAAGACCUAUCGGAACCCUCCCGAGCGCUGAUUCCGAAUUAAACAUCCUUACUCCCAACAGCUUGUUACUGGGCAGAGCAACGGCGAAGAAUCCUGGUGGAUGGCAGCCUAACGGUAAUAAUCCAGGAAAGCGUUAUCAUGUUGUCCAGAUCGUGACAGACGAGUUCUGGAAGAAAUGGACGGAGUUAUACGCCCCAGCCUUGGUUAUUCGUCGCAAGUGGAAUACAGCCAACCGUAACCUGCGCCCAGAAGAUGUUGUAAUAAUCGCCGACCGUAAUACCUUGCGAGGAGAUUACCGUUUAGGUAUAGUACAAGAAGUGUUUCUCAGUCAAGACGGAAAAGUUCGUCGAGUAAAUGUCAUGUACAAGAAUUUUCAAGUUGGAGAAAAGGUACAGAAAUACAAAGGACAUAACGAGGCUGUUAUUGUGUCACGAAGUUCUCAGCGAUUAUCGUUAUUAGUACCAGUGGAUAUGGAUCAAGACCAGGAAACCAAGUCGGAAGCAAAAGAGAGUGUAUGA